GGUGCACUUGAUCCCCAUCAGACAUUGACGAGUGCUCACAAAUGAACAUGUGCGAUAAGAACGCCUCUUGCAGUAAUACCCAGGGCUCCUACAGUUGCGCCUGUAAUCCUAAAUACAUUGGGGAUGGUCUGACUUGUAAAGCCGAUCCGUGCUAUAAUUACAUAAACCUGAGCGAUGCUGACAGAAAGAGCACUUACAACACACCCUACGGUGGAGAAAAAUGUGACGACGAUUCCUCAUCCAUAAUAUUCGGGAAAUGGUAUCGUUUCGUGGGAGAUGCAGGAACAAAAAUGCCAACCCAGUGCGUACCGGAUCAUAGAUGUGGUACGGUCUUCUCAGGCUGGCUAAAAGGUGGUCACCCCACAUUGGCAGAUGGUGAGGUUUACUCCGAGGUCUGCUUUACCAGAGGUGCAGAUUGUUGCAAGAAAUCAAUUAAUAUUAAAGUGAAAGACUGCGGAUCCUACUUUAUUUACAAACUACAAAAGGUACCUGCUUGUGAUCUGCGUUACUGUAGCACAGACUAAAUGCUAUAAGCAAGUUAUUCUGCACAGCGAAAUGAUUCACAAAUCGAUUUAUUGGCACAUGUAUAUUAUUGUAUAACAGGGACUUUCAGAAUUUCACAUGAUCCACUUUUUAUGAUUAGUGUUAAAUAGUGAAUAGUUUGAACAGAAGACUACCUUUGGACGGCGCAGUUUGAUCUUCCAAG